CCUCAGCCUCGCGUUCCCCGGGCAAAACAAAAACUUCUCGAGAAAUGGACUGGAAUGGAGGCAAAACAUUAAACCCAAUUUUCAUGGUGCCAACGAUCAACUGAUAUCGAAUCUAAGCGAUGGUUGAAUGCGGCACCCGCAAUUGGCACCCGCGGCUGUUGUCAACGAGUCACGCAGACCCAUCAAUUGUCCGUGGAGCCAUGCAAUUGAUUAAUCGCUUGGUUUUCCCUAGAAUGGCUACGUCCAUGCCAAGAGCCCUCUCUGUCCCCGUCCAUAUCACGGACUCAUAAGCACCUUUUGGACACUUCUUUUGUCCGAGCUAUCGCACUAAGCAGCCUCCAUGGCUAUUUACUGAUCUCCCGAGGAAUCUUUUGUGCUACAGGCGUGUUUCAAAGCUCUUGCAAGGAUGUCCAGCUCCUCACUAGCCUAUUUUCGAUGGCUUUACCAGCAGCAGGUUAUAAAGUACUGUCGAGUCGCACCCAUUUCAAUCUGGGCUUUUGAUUUUUUCCUAACACUAGACGAUGAAAUACGCUUGCUAACCCGCACGAAACGUUGGGGAUUAACGCAUGUCCUUUACGUCCCAACGAGAUACUUCCCGAUCAUAGGUUCCAUAUGCGCCGCUUACAACGCCCUGGUGACCACUCGUCCGGAAGAAACGUGUGUAGCUUUGUACAGGGUCGCUGAAAUCAUACUGUACUUUGGUAUGUUAACGUCAGAAGGGUUACUCCUGAUUCGAACGCUGGCACUCUGGCACGCUCAAAAUGCAGCACGGAAACUUCUGAUCGGGACAUAUAUUAUGGUGGCAAUCAUUAUGUUCGUCUGUGCCGUGAUAUCCAGUACCCUCAAGUUCGAAGGAAUUUGCGGUGAAACGGACGCCUCCGUCGCCACUGCACUGGCUACCCAGCUUAGCCACGUUACAGUCGGAAUGUUCUCGAGUGCAGCCUUCUUCGAACUUGUUGUAAUGCUUUACACUCUCCUCUAUGCAUUAGGUUGGCGCGCAAGAGCUGGCCGGUACACUGCGACUAGGCUCGUGGCUGCCUUGACACAUGGAAAUAUGUUAUACGCCCUCUCACUGUUCGUGGUCUCAAUUGUCAAUAUUACAUUCUUUGUUUUACCGCUCUCAGAUGGAUGGAACGGUCUUUUCAUUACCUUUCAGGGUAUUCUUCACGGAGUGAUGGCGUCCCGAAUCCUUUUCGAGUUGCAAGGCGCACUUUCCGAGGGAAUCAAUCUUCAAAUCAUCACUGGUCCAGGGUCAAGGAUGGAAUUUUCAUCGGUGCCAUUGAGCGAUUUUCGCACGGAUGAGUUUUGAAUCCAUUGCACGUAUGCGCCACAUAUGGAUUCGGGUCCGCUCCUUUAUUUGAUGAAACCAGAAAUCUACUUAUACAUUACCUCCCCCACCGCAAGUCAGUUGUCUUCGUAUGAUUCUAGAUGCAUAUACCCUCGCACUCGGAUAUGAAGUCAUGCGAUGUAUAAUUCGAUCAUUAGACUCGCCAUAUAUGAUACAUGUCGGACAUGUGUAAGUCGGGG